AUGGCUGAUUCCCAUAACAUUCUUCUCAUCUUCUCAUUUGUUAUCUUCCUCACUACUUUCACAUCUACAAAAUCAUGGGAUGACCCUUUUUUCAUAAGCCAAUAUUGCUCAAGUAACAGAACAUCAGCCAAUACUUCCUUCCAAAUUAACCUCACCACUUUUCUCUCUUCCUUAUCAUCCAUUGCCACAACCAAAGCCAACACAAAAUUUUACAACACAACAUUCAACGGAAACAGCCCUUCUGACACAAUCUAUGGCAUGUACUUAUGCAGAGAUGAUGUUCCUUCUCAACUCUGUCAACAAUGUAUAGUUAAUGCAACACAAAGACUUACCUCAGAGUGCUCUUUGUCUAAAGAAGGCAUUGUUUGGUAUAAUGAAUGCAUGGUUUGGUACUCCACAGCCUUUAUCUUCUCACCAGUGGCAAGAACAACACCUAUUUUUAACUUGUUCAACACCGACAAAGUCCCAAACGCAAAAAGUUUCAUGAGUUUAUUGUUUUCUACCAUGAACAAAACUGCAGAUGAAGCAGCUUUUGGUAAAGGUGUUACAAAAUUUGCAGCAAAGGACAUAACAAUAUCAAAAUUUCAGACCCUUUAUUGUUUAGUUCAGUGCACACCAAAUUUGUCACCACAUGAGUGUAGAUUUUGUCUAAGUGGAUUAAUAGAGCAACUUCCAGGGUGUUGUGAAGAUAGAGUUGGAGGAAGGGUUCUAAAUCCAAGUUGUAAUAUUAGGUAUGAAUUUUACCCUUUUUAUAUCGCAAAUUCACCAAAUCCUUCAUCACAACAAAUUCUACUUCCCCAAACAAAGAGCUUAGAUGCUGAUUCAAUGGUUUCAGAAAACUCUUUUUACCUUUCACACAAUUGUUCAAGUAACAAAACUUUCACUUUUAACAACACUUUCAAAGUUCACUUGACAACCCUUCUUUCUUACUUGUCUUCUAAUGCCACAAAAAGUCUCUUUUAUAAAGCUCAAGUGGCAAAUACAGCUUUCGGGCUCUUCAUGUGCCGUGGUGAUGUUUCCUUCUCCAUAUGUGAGCUAUGUGUAAAAAAUGCAACACAAAGAAUAACCAAAGAUUGUAACUUUUCUCAAGAGGGUGUGAUUUGGUAUAGUCAAUGCAUGAUUCGGUAUUCGAAUGGGAAUUUCUUCUCUUUAGUGGACAAAAGUCAUGUGUAUUAUGAGAUGAAUGUUACCAGUGAUUCUAGUCCCAACAAAGAGAGAAACUUGUUCAAUUUUGUAAUAUCAACUACCUUAUCAAAUGUGGCAAUUGUGGCAGGGGAUAGUGAUGAGAAGUUUGGAACAAAAUCAUUGGAAUUGAAUGAUUUACAAACACUUUAUACACUUGGCCAAUGUACACAUGAUUUGUCAAGUGAUGAUUGCAAGGGUUGUUUGGGAGAUAUUAUUGGAAAUGGAAUUCCUUGGCCUUAUUUGGGAAGUGUUGGUGGAAGAGUUUUAUAUCCUAGCUGCAAUUUGAGGUUUGAAUUGUUCCAAUUUUAUAGGGACAAUGACAAUGUUACCACACCAAAAAUUACUCAUUCUUCAUCAGGGAAAAGAAGAAAACGGCCACGAACAAUUACCUUGAUUGUUUUGCUCUCAGUUGUUCCAGUGAUACUCUUCUUUGUUGGAUUCUAUUUGAUAAAGAGAAAAACAAAAAGGAGUUUUAGGUCUAUUCUCAAUGAAAACUUUGGUGAUGAAAGUGCAAUUUUAGAGCCAUUACAGUAUGGCUUAGAUGUAAUUGAAGCAGCAACAAACAACUUUGCAAAUGAAAAUUUCAUUGGUAAAGGUGGAUUUGGAGAAGUUUACAAGGUAAGUGGUAAAUGUGAUGAAAUUUAUUAUUUAGCUCUUAAUUUUUCUACAAAUGAUGAACUGUAUUUUCAGGGCACGCUUUUGGAUGGACGGCAAAUAGCCGUAAAAAGACUCUCAAAAAGCUCAACGCAGGGUGGAAAAGAGUUCAAGAAUGAAGUUUUGUUGAUCGCCAAGCUUCAACAUAGAAAUUUAGUCACAUUCAUCGGUUUUUGCCUCGAAGAACAAGAGAAAAUACUUAUUUAUGAAUAUGUGCCGAACAAGGGCCUUGAUCACUUCUUAUUUGGCGUUCAACAAAGAAAGUUCUUAAGUUGGCCCGAACGUUACAAUAUUAUAAGAGGAAUUGCUCAAGGAAUUAUCUACUUACAUGUACAUUCUCGACUCAAAGUUAUUCAUCGUGACCUGAAACCUAGUAAUAUUUUACUAGAUGAAAAUAUGAAUCCAAAAAUAUCAGACUUUGGCCUUGCUAGAAUUUUUGAACUAAACCAAGACGAAGCAAGUACAAAUAGGAUCGUCGGAACAUUAGGUUAUAUGUCUCCGGAAUAUGCAAUGCUCGGACAAUUUUCUGACAAAUCUGAUGUCUAUAGUUUUGGAGUCAUGAUUUUAGAAAUUAUGACAGGAAAGAAGAAUGUAAGGUCUUAUGAAUCUAUUGUUGGUGAUAGUCUCCUGAGUAAUGUUUGGAGACAAUGGAGGGAUGAAACACCAUUCAGCAUAUUGGACCCAAAAAUUAAAGGAACUUAUUCUGAAACUGAAGUCAAAAAAUGUAUUCAGAUUGGUUUAUUAUGUGCUCAGCAGUUCCCAGAUGCAAGACCAACAAUUGCAACAGUAGUUUCAUAUCUUAACAAUGACUUCAUUGAAUUACCGACUCCGCAAGAACCUGCGUUUUUGUUCCAUGGUAAAAUGGAUGCAAAAGGCAAUCCACAAGAAUCAAGUUCUACUCAGUCUAUUAGUACAUCCACAGCUUUGACGGGCAAUGAUUUGUCUAUAACCGAAUUGCUUCCUCGAUAAUAUGUUUGAUUUUCUUUUCUUGAUGUUGUUGUUUAUGAAUGUUUCAAUUGUAUAAUAUACUUCCAUAUGCUAAUGCUUAUGUCUAAAUUAAUCAUAGUAUUUUACCAGCACUUGAUAUUUAUCAGCGUUUGCCAAAUAAAUUUAAUAAUGUUAAAUUAUUGUGGAUUUAUACAAUAUAAUAAAGGAAAUGAAAGCUUAUUAAUGAAGAGUUAAAGUAUAGGGAGAAGGAAAACAUUUGAAUUGAACUAGGAAGGUAAGAAAGUAAAAGAAGAGGUACAUACCUGGCGAAAAUAAGGAGGAGGUAGGUGAUAGCAGAAAGGAUGAAGUUGAGAACAAGGUACAAUGCAGCUAGGACGAGGAUGAUGCCUUUGCAGAGUUGAAUGAAUCAAGACACCGAGACAGGCGAUAACGUUCUUGUGGCCUGAAAUUCAAUUCAAAGAUUAAUUACAUUGCAUAGCCAUUCUUUUUAAGAUUAAUUACAUCUCAAAGCUAUUCUUUUUAAGUUAUUUCUUUUGUAGAAUAAAUUCAUUGACAAGAAACUAUGGCCCAUUAUCGCUCCUUAUUCUUUUUCCAAAUUCAUUUUCUACCAUAAAAUCGUAACUCUGCAAUCUGGCUGAAACUUCAUAUUUUGACUUUAACAAUACAACCCAAAUAUGUCUAC